CUUCCUAUUUUUUUUUUUUUGUAUUCUUUUCAGUUUAGUUUAAAACACUGUACUUAAUAUUACUUUUUCAAGUUCCUUGCUUCGAUUUCUCUCUUUUUAAAGUAUAAGAAUAUGUGGUUAAUCGGUGUGUGUAUAUAUGCUGGUUUGAGUUUCGGCAAAUCGAUUCAGGUAAUUCUGAACAUGGUAUAUUGCGUAUAUUGUGCAAAGAACAUCAGUCGACCCGACUCUGUGGAUGGCAAAAUAUGUUGUCCCUCAUGUGGAAGAGUUGUUGAUGAAGAUAAUUUUUCAAGUGAGCCCACUUUUGUUAAGAAUGCUACUGGACAGAGUCAAUUGGCAGGUAACUUCGUGAGGACUGUUCAAAGUGUCUAUUCAGCUUCACGGGAAAGAACACUAAAUGAAGCAUAUAAUGGUAUAGAGAGUAUGAUUUAUGCAUUAGGAAUUGAUGGUGGUGAUUCAAUAGCUCGUCCAGCUUUGAACCUCUAUACAAUAGCAGUUGAGAGGAAUUUCACAAGGGGGCGUAGGAAAGAGCAAGUUGAGGCUGCUUGUGUUUACAUUAUAUGUAGGGAAGUCAACAAGCCAUUCCUACUCAUUGACUUUUCUGAUUACUUGAGGAUAAAUGUGUAUAUUUUAGGUGCUGUGUUCUUACAGCUUUGCAAAUUUCUAAGCCUUGAAAAUCGCCCGUUUGUUCAAAAACCUGUGGAUCCUAGCCUUUUCAUUCAUCGAUUCACUGAUCGUUUAUUUGGGGGAAGGAAGCCAAAUAUUUCUAGAACUGCACUUCACAUUGUGGCCAGCAUGAAGCGUGAUUGGAUGCAGACAGGGAGAAAGCCAAGUGGGGUAUGCGGAGCUGCACUGUACAUUGCUGCUCUUUCGCAUGGACUGAGUUGUUCUAAAUCAGAAAUUAUCAAAGUCGUACACAUUUGUGAAACAACAUUGACCAAGCGUUUGAUUGAAUUUGAAAACACAGAAUCUGGGAGCUUAACGAUUGAAGAGUUCAAUACAAGAGCUGAGGAGCUUGAGAAAGAAGAGAAGCUGGCCCCGCAACUUUCUUCGGGGUCAAAAGGAUCUGGGAUCAUGGAAGUGCUAUGUGAACACAAGGGAAGUGUGAAGCUGCCCUUUGCCCAUGGUCUCUGUGAAAGCUGUUACAGUGAUUUUGUAAAACUUUCAGGUGGGCUUGAUGGAGGAUCUGAACCUCCAGCCUUUCAACGUGCUGAGAGGGAAAGAUUAGUGGCAAAAGAAGCUCCUGCGGGUCCAAAUUUUUCCAUGUCCAAUCAGGUGAAGAAUAAUGGCGCUGAGUAUUUGGAGCCUGAAAAGGGAGGAAACACUCAGAGUGUGACCGGGAGUAAAAAUGUGCAGAUAUCAGGGUCUGAUCAAAUAGGGGCAAUCUCAGGGGCUAAAGCUGUGCAUAAUGUGACUCUUGAUACAUUACAUGGCACGGAUUGUAUGGGUCCUGAUGGUCAUGAUGAAUCAGGGAACUUUUUCGAUAUCGAUGAUGUAGAGGUAAACGGUUAUCUUUUCAAUGAGGAGGAGAAGCGCUACGUGAAGAUAAUUUGGGAAAAACUGAACCCGGAAUAUGAGGAACAAGCAGCUAAGCAAGCAGCUGCAUUAGCUGCAAAGAAGGCAGACGAGUCCAUUUUAGCGAACUGUUCGGAGGAUGUGCAAGCUGCACUGAAGCUUUCUGCUGCUGCUAAUAAUAAUGUUGCAAAAUCAAGAAAGGAAAAACGACAGAAAAGGGCUGCAGAACUGAAAAAUUCUGGUCCUGCUCAAACCCCUGCAGAAGCAACGAAGCAAAUGUUAACUAGAAAGAGGCUGAGAUCUAAGAUCAACUUUGAUGUGCUAGAAAAGCUUUUUGACGAUUCUGCAAUUCGAGAGAGCAAAAUUGAUCACAAAGUAGACGAGACGUACGAAGAACCAUAUGCGUUACGAUGAGGAUGUUGGAGGAUAAGAGUAUGAUCAACACUAUGAUUAUGAUGAAUGUUGAAUUUAAUCUGCAUUCCUUAUUAUUAACUUAAUGAUUUCCCCUUACAAAAAGAGUAUAUGAGGAGUCAGGUAACACAUUUUCCUUCACCUAUAUAUUAGGAAUGUCAAAGUUGGUAUGUUUUAAUUAUCACUUUUAUUAAUUUAUUUCCUGGGAACACCUCCCUGUACUGAAAUGUGAGAUCUUAUUCCAUUCUUUCCUACUUAUAACUGAAGUUUGCAUA